UUCAUUCCUUUUCCUUCCAUCUGUUAUGUUUCCUCUACUGGAGCCUAUUCGUCUCCUUCCCACUCGAUUAAUCGCUCAACAUGGUUUCCGUUCUGCAGGUCCGUGCCUAUACGCCCACCCAUAGAGAACAAAUUUCUGUGAGGAGCGCUGGGCAAAUUUCUUGUCCCCAAUGGCGAGCGAUCAAGCUAAGAAUGCUGGUGCUGUGGCCCAGGAUCAUCACAUGCCACCAUAUCAAGCAUACGGAGCUUACUCGCCACCUUUCCCAGUCUACUAUGAUCCGAGUCAUCCUGAACCAAAUGGUGCGCCACACCCAGCACCCCCGUAUAUCUACCAUUAUCCGCCUCCUGGGAUGAUGUACCCUUAUCCUCCUCCUGGAUUUCCGCCUUACGCACCCCCUCCCCAAACCAACUUUCAGCGCGUGAAGCGUAAGCAGGUCAAGAUGGCGUGUACUAACUGCGCGAAUGCCUGCAAGCGUUGCGACGAGCAACGUCCAUGUGAACGAUGUGUCAAAUAUGGUAUCCCAGAAACGUGUGUUGAUGGUGUGCGUAAGGAGCGACAGAAAGGAAUCAAGCGGGGACCCUACAAGCGUAAAAAUAAGUCCGGCGGCAGCGACGAGGCUACAUCACCUGCUCCUAAUGCCACUUUCGAGACUUUCUCGUCCACCCCAAAUGAAGCAAACGGAGAUUCAGCUUGGCAUCCGCCGAAUGGGGUGGCACAAGGUUCUGCGAGCGCAACUCCUGCACCCCCGCCAAUGCCAUCCUUUCCACCACCACCACCAGAGGGGGGAUAUUAUCCGCCUCCAUAUUUCUAUCCUCCCCCUCCUGGUUUUGUGCCGCCUUCUGAGGGUCAGGCGCCCCCGGAAGGAUCCCCAAAUUCUGGCGCACCUCCUCCGAUGGUGUCUUACUACAUGCCUCCUCCUGGAUACUAUGGACCGCCGUAUUACGGUCCUCCUGGCGUGCCGCCGCCCACCAUGGAUCCAGCUCAGGCCGAGCUUCAAAGGACAUCUGGCCAGCCUACAGAUCAUGAUCCUGACGUUGAGGAAAUUCCGCCGCCUGCUCCAAAGACAAAUUCGAAGAAGAGAUCAAGAGCGGGAAAAGAGGGGCAGCCGAAAGCAAAGAAGGCUAAGGUUGCCGUCGUCCUGCAAGAGUCUUCAACUUCCAGUGGCACGACGGGAGGGAGCGACCAGGCUUCAGAACCUGGACAUGGCAGCCCAGCUGAGAAUGGUGAUGCAUGAACAUCACUAGUUCUUCUCUUGCUGCACACUGGUCCCUGCUUUCGCGCUGCUAUUGUUUUUUUGUCAUCUCUGCUUUUUCGUUAAUCAGUUUCAAAUGCAUGUUCGAUGUGAUUCUGUU